AUGUCUCAGAGCCAGCCAUGGGUUGAGAAAUAUCGUCCACGCGUCCUCGAUGAUGUUGUAGGAAACACAGCCGUCAUCGAACGUCUUCGUGCUUUGGCCGCUGAAGGCAAUAUUCCAAAUCUUAUUCUUACCGGCCCUCCUGGCUGUGGUAAGACAACAUCAUUACUUGCACUUUGCCACCAGCUUCUUGGUGAUAAAGAAAAAGAUGCUGUUAUCGAGUUAAACGCUUCUGAUGAUAGAGGAAUUGACGUUGUUCGUAAGAACAUCAAAGAAUUCGCAAAGAGACAUGUUGCUCUUCCAGAAGGACGCCACAAAGUUGUACUUUUGGAUGAAUCAGACUCAAUGACUGAUGCAGCACAACAAGCUAUGCGUCGUAUCAUGGAAAACUACACAAAAACUACAAGAUUCGUCUUCGCUUGCAACCAGAGUGAGAAAGUUAUCGAACCAAUACAAUCUCGUUGUGCAAUUGUCAGAUUUUCAAGAGUUGAAGAAAACGAAAUUGCAGCACGUCUCAUGAAGAUCUGCGAGUUAGAAGGAUUCAAACCAGAGUCAGAAGGCAUUGCUACACUUGCUAGAUUGGCUGAUGGAGAUAUGAGAACUGCUAUCAACGGUCUUCAGUCAACAUACGUUAGAUAUGGACUUGUUACACAAGAAAACGUUCUUGCUACAGUUGAUAUACCUAAUCCAACAGCUAUAGCAGACAUAUUCACAGCUUUAUCAACAGAUAACUUCCGUAACGCUCUUAUUAUACUAAAUGGACUUGAAAAGCGUGGACAUUCACCAUCAGAUAUAGUGAAAUCCCUCUUUUCGUUCGUCCGCCGUACAGAUACGAUCCAAGAGAAGCUAAAACUCAAUUUACUUAAGGAAAUUGGUCUCGCCCAGAUGCGUGUUUCACAGGGAAUGUCCUCUAACCUCCAACUUGAUGGACUUCUUGCUACUUUGUUUAAAGUCUAUCAUCAGGCCCCACAACAGUAA